UGACAAUUUGGUGUCCUCUCAGUGGUGACGGAAGCAGCGACGGUCCGAGAAGCAAAGUUUUUACGAGUUCUUCGUUUCCACUUCUUUUAGUUUAAUGUUGAACGACAGCAGCUUAUGUUAACAUGGGAUAAAACCCAUUUUUCUUACACUUAAAAUAUCUGUGGAUUCUUGAGCCGUCGGAGGACUUUUCGUCUCUUAAAGUUUCCGUGUUUAAUCGGACCCACUGGCAGAGACAUCGAGUUCCUGCGCUGCUAACUCUGAUAGCGGUUAGCGGCACUUCGGAGAGACAGAUAACUUCACCGCAGGCAGCUCUCUGACAGCGACAGAAGCUUCAAUUUUUGGUUUUUUUCGGUUUUUUUCGGUUUAACCUGACACUUUGUUGCGACACUUUGACCGAGUGUUGGUGUUUAGAAACUUUAAAAAUAACUUUCCGGGUAAAAGUUAAAAGAAAAUGGAGCCUGAGACCCGCCGCUAACAGAAGCAGCAGUUUCACUCUCCUUUAUAACCACCAGCUCCUCCACUUCUUUUUUUUUUUAAAUCGAUUUUCUGGUUAUUGAAACAGUCAGUCAGGAUGCCCGCAGACUCCCCGGUGAACUUUAACCUCCUCCACCGGACCUGUAAGCUGGUGGUGUUGCUCUGCUUCCUCCACAUCACCGUCACCUUCGUCUUCUACGUCCGCUCGCUGGACAAGCGCUUCAACUUCGCCCAGAACCAGCAGUCCCAUCACAACUCCACCCAGAGGAACCAGGUCAGAAAACUCGAGUUUAACACCAGAACCGAGACACUGAAGGAGCCGGCGGAGCAGAAACCCCCGGAGCUUAAGCAGCAGGAGGAGGAGAAGGUGGAGGUGCCGACCAAGAAGCUGGAGAAAUGCCCCGAAACGUCCCCUCUGCUCGUGGGUCCUCUGCGGGUGGAGUUUAACACUCCAGUGAGUCUGGACAAGGUACAAGUGGAAAACCCUGACCUGGAGCCAGGCGGACGCUUUAAACCCGAAGACUGCGUGGCGCUGCAGAAGGUCGCCAUCAUCAUCCCGUUCAGGAAACGAGACGAACACCUGAAAUUCUGGCUGUAUUACCUGCACCCCAUCCUGAAAAGGCAGCAGCUCGACUACGGCGUCUACGUCAUUAACCAGGACUCUGUGCCCGAUGAAGUCCACCCAUCGCAGGAUGGGGAAGAAGUCUUUAAUCGGGCCAAACUGCUGAACAUUGGGUACACUGAGGCUCUGAAGGAGUACGACUACGAGUGCUUUGUGUUCAGCGACGUGGACCUGAUCCCCAUGGACGACCGCAACACCUACAAGUGCUUCAGCCAACCCCGACACCUGUCUGUGUCCAUGGACAAGUUCGGCUUCAGGUUACCUUAUAAUCAGUAUUUUGGGGGUGUGUCCUCGAUGAGUAAGGAUCAGUUCCUGAAGAUCAAUGGCUUCCCCAACAACUACUGGGGGUGGGGCGGUGAGGACGACGACAUCUACAACAGGCUGUCGUCCAAAGGAAUGACGAUCUCCAGGCCGAGCGGGGAGACAGGGAAAUGUCGGAUGAUUCGACACGAGAGAGACAAAAAGAACGAGCCCAAUCCUCAGAGGUUUAACCGGAUAAAACACACCAAAGAGACGAUGUGGAAAGACGGGAUCAACUCUCUGUCGUACCGCGUGGUGAAGAUCGAGAAGCUCGAGCUGUUCACUAAGAUCACUGUGGAUGUGGGGAAACCAUGAUGAUGAGAGAGUGGACGGAGUGGACUGAGUGUAGACUGACAGUAAAAAACCAAACGUGCCUUUGACACUUGAAACUUUAAGUUCGGAGUGAUCCGACCUGCUGGACAUCAGCUGGUUUUUUCUUUUUGCACAAACAGACGGACUGAACAUUUGUGAUUCCUCUGACAGACUGAAUUCUCACCUCUGAUAGGAAGAUGACUGUAACCAAUCAGCUGCUUGCACGAGUCUUUUAUUUUUAAAAUCACUCUGAGACAAUCAGGGCUGCUGAGUCACAUGGUCAGGUGGGGAAUUAUGGGCAAUGAUCAGGGUGGGUUAAGGUCUGGUGAUCGAUAUAAAUAAUUUAAAUUUAGAAUAAAAACCAAAAUAUUAUGGUAAGUCAUUAAACUGCUUCAGAAGUCUGACCCCUGCUGGUUUCCAAGACGACAGCAGGCUCCGCCCAAGAAGACGACUGGUGAGCUGGUGUUAAACCUCCACUUUGUGUUUGAGCUUUGAGCAGGCUUGUGAUAAAUUUGAUCCAAAAAUGAGAGAGGCAACUUUUAAAUGGCUAAAACAAUACAACACUUUUACAAUGUAAUUGAUAUUUUAAGACAUUUUAGGAAUAUGUUUUGUGGGAGGCAGGACACGACGUCAAAAAGAUGCAAUAAGAUGGCAGACGAAGCAACAGAAGAAUUUGUAUGUUUUCAGGAGUUAAAGUUAAAGAAAAAAAAAUUCAUAUAAUUAUAUAAAAAAGUGUUAAAUAAAACAGCAAAACAGACACAAGUCAUGAGAAUAAUUAAGAUGAAAUCAGUCUGCAGUAAGAGUUAAUAAAUCCGGAAUAGAGAUGUCCAGCUCAGAUUAAACAGUGUGUCAGACAAUAUUGAUUAUUCGCUUAUAAUCCUUAUCAGUCUGUUCAUAUCAGGUGAUUUAAUGCCUAAAAAUACAGACGCUUGACUUUUGUUAGAAUGACUAAAUCUAAAGAUGGAAACUCUUAACACAGUCGGCUGUGUUUCAAACCACGUCUGACUACAUUCACUACUAGAAGGCACCAAAUCAACACUGCUGCUUUAAUGUCUCUGCUCGCCAUCAGUCAGUUAUUUAAACAAACAUACACACACACACACACACUGAUGGACACAGCUCAGGCUGGUCCUGGUCUCUGUGAGGUUGCCGUGGAAACAGCUGAGAGGACCAGAACUCUGCAGGGUCAAAGUUAAUCCUUACAGAUCGAUAAUCAGUGGAACCAGGUCAGAACCAAAUCUGAACUCCACACCCUGUUUUUGUGUGUGUGUGUGUGUGUGUGUGUGUGUGUGUGUGUGUGUGUGUGUUGAUCAACAGAUGUUUAUUGAUUGUCUCUUUAUAUUAAAACAAUCCCAAAGUUUAUUAAAAAUGUAAAAACUGAUCAGCUGGAACCAAAA